AGAAAUUAUCAUGGCGGUUGUGGAUUCCCAACACACGCUCGAUUUUGCUGAUUUCGAUGAAGAUUGCACGAAUCACGAAGUGGAGGUUAAUAGCUUACAAAAGGUGAUCAAGCUUACGAAGGAAAAUCUACACAAGAUAGAAGGACAGGUUAUCAAUGUCCAGCACCCUCCGUCGAUUUUCUUGGAGGAAUAUGUGGACUUGCAGAAAAGACUUACUGAGUUAACAACAAGAGAAAAGGUCCUAUUGGAGAGAAGAACAGCAACAUGCUCAACUUCAUCUGCAGAGCCCAGCCCCCAUAGUACAACCCCAUCUUCAUCUGGUGCUACAUCACCAAUACCAAGUUCAAGAAGUAGUUUUACUGGAAGUGAUCACCCAUUUUCACCUCCUCUCCGUGCCCACAUAAGAGUGAGACUCCCUAAUCAUCAGUACACAGUGGUUAAGUGCAAACCAGACGUGACGCUGAGAGAAGCAUUAGAUAAAGGAAUGAGAACAAGAGGUCUAGCACCAGAGACUUGUUUAAUAUGUAAUUUUCAAACUAGAGAUAUUAUUAGGUGGGACACUGAACUGUCAAACUUCAUGGAUGGAGAAGAGCUAUCAGUUGAGAGAAUUGAUGAUCUUCCGAAAACUGGCCAGUUUAACCACUGUUUUGCCAAGAAAACAUUUUUAUCUUUCCCAUUUUGUGACUGUUGUAAACAGCGUCUAUGGAUUGGAUACAGAUGUCAGAAAUGUGGUUACAAAUUCCAUCAAAGGUGUGCAGCAAUGAUUCCUCCCUAUUGUGAGGAAGCUUUCGUAGGGUUACUCUCAGAGAAACAAUUUGACUUCUUUAAUGUAGAGGACAAUGGGUCGGACAUGGCAGCAAAUGAAGUAUUUUCCAAAUCAAGAGAACGUUCAAUAUCUGCUCCAGAUGUUUACAGAUAUAGAAUCACAAGUGGAAAAGGUCAUUUAAAUGAGGAUCGAUGCGGACCAUUUGUUCCCACAUUUGGCAAGGAGAGUUCACCAACAGUAUCAACGGUUGAAGCCAGCAAGUUACUGCUGAGGAGACACAGCCGGACUUCAAGUGUUGGUAAUGCCAAUCCAAGAUUGUUCGCCAACAAUUCCUUAGUGCCAAAUAAUGAGCACACCAACAGGAUAGAGCACCCUAUUGCGAAGUCUGUACCAAAUGGCACUGUAAUGUGCCACUCACCCUCCAGCCCUCAAAAACCCAAGAAAUCGAUGCAGCGCAUGCGAACUAACUCCACAGACGACUGGGAAAUCCCAGAAGGUGAAGUUCAUCGCGGACCGAGAAUAGGAUCAGGUUCAUAUGGAACGGUUUACAGAGGGACAUGGCAUGGGGCAGUGGCUAUUAAAACGUUAAAUGUGUCGGAACCAAGCCCUCAACAGUUACAAGGAUUUAAGAACGAGGUAGCAGUAUUGAGGAAAACGCGUCACGUCAACAUUCUGUUAUUUAUGGGCUGUAUGGCCAAACCAGAACUAGCGAUUGUGACACAAUGGUGUGAAGGCUCCAGUUUAUACCGUCAUCUUCAUGUCACAGAAAGUAAAUUUGAAGUUCUACAGUUGUUGGACAUUGCGAGACAAACAGCACAGGGAAUGGAUUAUCUUCACGCGAAGUCUAUAAUCCAUAGAGAUCUCAAGUCAAAUAACAUUUUUCUACAGGAGGACUUGACAGUUAAAAUAGGUGACUUUGGUUUAGCGACUAUCAAAUCACGGUGGAGUGGGAACCAGAAUUUCGAACAACCAUCCGGAUCCAUUCUGUGGAUGGCGCCUGAAGUGGUUCGAAUGCAGGAUCCAAAUCCUUACUCAUUCCGUUCUGAUAUUUACGCUUAUGGAAUUGUACUUUACGAGCUACAAACUAGUAUGUUACCCUAUCCCCACGUAGGAAAUAAAGAUCAGAUCUUGUACAUGGUUGGUCGAGGUUUUCUUAGGCCUGACUUAAAUAAACUUCGAUCAGACGUACCAAAGAGUUUCAAAAAACUUCUAUCAGAUUGUAUCAAGUUCAACAGAGAUGAACGACCACUCUUUACUCAGGUUCUUGGAUCUUUAGAGUCCCUUAUACGAUCUAUGCCGAAGAUCCACCGAAGUGCAUCCGAACCCUGUUCCUUAAAUCGUGCUGGAAAGAUGAACUCAGAGAUCGGUUUCUUUGGGGCCCCACCCGAGACCCCUAUCAGUCCAUUUGGUGCGUACCAGCCAUUUUUCACUGCAGUAGCCGGAUACUAAAUGACGCAAGAAAAAACCGCCUUCUCUCCAAGCUCCGAGCUCUUUGUGAAGACAUGGUGCAAGUUGUAAUAUCUGUCACGCACAAUUUCGCGCGAUGUACGUCAGGGAUGGUCACACAACUCAAUGUGUUUGAUAAUGUUACUCUCAGGGAGAGAGAAAAGUGGCCAGUUCAAAUAAGAGGAUGCUCACCUUGAAGCUUAAGGCACAGAAGAAAAAUCCAGCUGUUGUAUCUCACGCUAAAGACUUAAUUUAUUUUAGAGCGUGCGUAGAUAUACAUACACAUUCCUCAAGAUAGGAAAGCAGGGUGUUUAUACUGGAGGAUAUUUGUAGCGUUUCUGUUGCUUUAUGAUUCUAUCAAUAUCGGCGCAAUUGACUGAAAUGGAAAAAAUUAUCAAAUUAUCUCGAAAUGAAGUACAAUGUAACAUACGAGUAUGAAUUUGCCUGCUGCAGCGCUUUCUCGGGGCGUGAAGCAUUUGCAAAAUUUUAUAAAGAAAUGAAAAAUAUAUAUCGGAAAAAUGGGCUCUAUAUGAUUGUGGAAGGUGUCAAGGUUGCUUGCUCUCUGAUUUUUUGCAAGUCUUAAUUAAAGGCACCUAAAGAAGGAAAGAGAGGAAAUUCAUUGCUGGAUGACCGAUGAACCAAAUAACGUUUUGUCGCAGACAAUGAAUGUUGAAGAAAUUUUGGCAAAAGUUCAAGCUUUGUUUAGUUUCGACUUAUUUUCAUCAAGAACAUACUACUGUUGUGUUCUCUUCUUCCUGUCAAGUUUAGAUAUUCAUUUGUAUUUAGAUAUUCAUUUGUCUGUCGACACCAGAAAACCACCUAUCUCGCUUUAGCCGCAUAUGACAAGGAGGAAACUUCGGAUGUUUAAAUUCACUUUGAAUGUCCAUACUAGUCUCACUGAAUCGUCAACAAAUUAAAAGAAACAUGCCUUCGCAAGCGGGUGCGAUAUCGCAUGUUGUUAGUUUUAUAUGUGUGUAUCGCUGAUCUGUGUAUUUGAAUUCGUGAGUAAUUUUUCAAGAUUUUGUUAUCAUUUCACGUUAUUUUAUAGUGUAUAUGUGACUUUGAAGCACUGCGUGUUGAAGUAAUGCUGUGCAUUGACCACUUCUUUUAACUUGUCUUCAGAAAUGAAUAGUCUCCAAUCAUAGGCACGCACUGUGUGCGAAAAUUAGAAUUUUUUUGACGUAGUGAUGUAAGUAAUACGGUUGAUGGGCUAGUUAAUAGAUACCUUUAUUUUAAUGAAAUGCUGUAUUUGUGUAAAAAUUUUGCAGACGAGGCUUUUAAAUGAAAUUGCGCAAAGUUCAAAGUAUCAUCUCCUAACUUAUAAAAUUGUAUAUUUUAAAUAUUUAACUACACUGUAAAUGAUGCAGUAGCACGGAAGUAUAUGAUGUUCAGAUCA